AUGGAAAUCAGAUCGAUUAGUUGCGAGGGAGCAGAGCCGUUCGAUGCUGCUACACUCACGCUGCUCUUAUCCGCGCCUUGCGCUCUCGCUAGCACCGGAUCUGCCGCUACUCCUUCAGGGAGCCCCGCGUCCGCGAUUUUCGGCACAAAUUCCGGUAACACCACGGAUAUUUCUGCCACGUCAUCGUCGACUUAUUCGUCUUCUUACCCCGUCCCUGCGAACGCAACUGCCACGUCGGAUUCCGGAUCAUCGUACAGCGUCACUUUAUUCGCGUUAGCAGUCGCCGCGGCGUCUCAGCGCAACAGCGAGACAGAGCGAGGGUUGAGAGCGAGGGUGCACAGCAAGCCCAAUCCCGUCACCGACCUCGCGCCGCUCCCCGCCACACCCUACACCCCACCCUCCUCGCCAUCCAUCCGUCUCCUCCUGGGCUCCGUGCGUCUGCUGCACCUACCGCACGCGGGGUCCUCCGGUCUCGCCCUGUACCGGGGCUAUGAGAGCGAUGAGGAGCUGCGGCUCGUAGAGUCCCCCGCUGACCUGCUCGCCCACAUGCUGCUUGAACUCGAGCGGGGCGGCACUGGUGGUAGUGGUGGUGCUGCUGGUGGUGGUGGUGGGGUGAGUGGGAAAGGUGGGGCGGGGAGGGGUGCGGCAGUGGGAGGGAAGGCACAGGUGGUGGGGCACAGGGACGGGUAUGAGAGCUCGGGGUACCAGCUACUGGUGGACAUGUGGAGCAGACAGGCUGCUGGCAGUGGCAGUGCUGCCUCCUCACUCUGCUGA